AUGAUCCUGAACUGCACAGUGAAAGAGCAUGAAAACUCCUCUCUCCAGUGGUCCAACCCUGCUCAGCAGACCUUGUAUUUUGGAGAGAAGAGAGCUCUCAGAGACAACAGAAUCCAGCUUGUCCGGUCCUCACCAAACGAGCUGUCUAUCAGUAUUAACAAUGUGGUGUUAGCUGAUGAGGGCGAGUACACCUGCUCCAUCUUCACCAUGCCUGUCAGGACAGCCAAAGCAAUGGUGACAGUUAUAGGGGUACCCCAGGAACCCAAGAUAACUGGAUAUGAUAGACCAUUUAAUGAAAAGGAAAAUGCAGUUCUGAGGUGCACAACAAGUGGCAGCAAACCAGCAGCCAACAUUAAAUGGUACAAAGGACCCGAAGAGCUGGAAGGAGCACGGAACUCUGAAACAAGAGAUCCUAAUGGCAAAACCUUCACCGUUGUCAGCAUCAUCAGUUUCCCAGUGACCAGAGAGGAUGACAAGGCAGAGAUCACCUGCACUGUUGGUCACGAGUCAAUGCCCAACACAUUUAAAUCUUCCAGCCAGACUCUUCAAGUCUUAUGUGAGUACCCUGAUACCUCUUCACACAUGUUUUUUUUUUUUUUUUUUUUUUGGUUCUCUGGCCAAACUUUAGUUCUGGUGAGAAUGUCAUAG